GCUCCGCACUGCCAGUCCGAGCGGCGCAGCCACCCGCGCGCGCGCUUGCUCCCCCGCGCCCGGAGCCUCAGUCCGCGGCGCGGCUCCCGGGGUCUGCGGGCCACGCGGGUGCUCCGAGGCGCGACGCGCGAGCGGAGCCGGCGGCUCUAGACGCCGAGCGCCGGCCAGGCAGCUGCGCGCCCGGGCGCCGGGCUGGGAUGCGGACAGCCGCUGGGCGCCGGCGAGCCGAGCUGGCGGAUUGCAGCAGCAAAGCAAAGAUGUCACAGUGGAUCCUUUGCCUCUGGGACCCAUGAAGGUGAGAAUAAGACCUCUGGCGGGUUGGAUCUAGCCUAAGACUAGAAGGCAGCCAUGGAUCUGGCGUCUGAACUCAAUGAGACCCAACCUUGGCUGACCUCUCCGUUUGACCUCAAUGGCUCCGUCGGGGCAGCCAACAUUUCAAACCAGACAGAGCCGUACUACGACCUGGCCAGCAACGUCGUCCUCACCUUCAUCUACUUCGUGGUCUGCAUCAUUGGGCUGUGUGGCAACACGCUGGUCAUUUACGUCAUCCUCCGCUAUGCCAAGAUGAAGACCAUCACCAACAUCUACAUCCUCAACCUGGCCAUCGCAGACGAACUCUUCAUGCUGGGCCUGCCCUUCCUGGCCAUGCAGGUGGCUCUGGUCCACUGGCCCUUCGGCAAGGCCAUCUGCCGGGUGGUCAUGACCGUGGAUGGCAUCAAUCAGUUCACCAGCAUCUUCUGCCUGACGGUCAUGAGCAUCGACCGCUACCUGGCUGUGGUCCACCCCAUCAAGUCGGCCAAGUGGAGGAGACCCCGGACAGCCAAGAUGAUCAACGUGGCUGUGUGGGGCGUCUCUCUGCUGGUCAUCUUGCCGAUCAUGAUAUACGCUGGCCUUCGGAGCAACCAGUGGGGGAGAAGCAGCUGCACCAUCAACUGGCCGGGUGAAUCUGGGGCCUGGUACACGGGGUUCAUCAUCUACGCCUUCAUCCUGGGGUUCCUGGUGCCCCUGACCAUCAUCUGUCUCUGCUACUUGUUCAUCAUCAUCAAGGUGAAGUCCUCCGGCAUCCGAGUGGGUUCCUCCAAGAGGAAGAAGUCUGAGAAGAAGGUCACCCGCAUGGUGUCCAUCGUGGUGGCCGUCUUCAUCUUCUGCUGGCUCCCCUUCUACAUCUUCAACGUCUCCUCGGUCUCUGUGGCCAUCAGUCCCACCCCAGCCCUCAAAGGCAUGUUUGACUUCGUGGUGGUCCUCACCUACGCCAACAGCUGUGCCAACCCUAUCCUCUAUGCCUUCUUGUCCGACAACUUCAAGAAGAGCUUCCAGAAUGUCCUCUGCUUGAUCAAGGUGAGCGGCGCAGACGACGGGGAGAGAAGCGAUAGUAAGCAGGACAAAUCCCGGCUGAAUGAGACCACAGAGACCCAGCGGACCCUCCUCAACGGGGACCUCCAGACCAGCAUCUGAACUGCCUGGAAACCCAUCACUCAGGCGCCAAGCUCUGCCAAAGGGCCGUGCGCUCCCCAGCCCCAGCCCCCUGCUUCCUCCCACCCAUCACUUCUAGAAUGGGGAUCUGCUCAGCAGGAGUCCAAUGCAGAGAACAGGGUUUGACUUGGCUUGCAGGAGUGAUGUAUGAAACUGAUUAUGCCCCCCUUAAAGGGAACAUUUAGACGCGGGCAGACAAUUCUGAGUCUGGAGAAGAGGAGAUCAGGCCUGGGUGAGACCUUUAGAAACAACUGAAAUGCAACAAAAACAGAAAACUCUGCGUGUUUGUGUGUUUAAAACCCCGUACGUAAUCUUGUGGUCUUACAUUUAUACUUGCGUAUCCUUAUCUAGUCCCUGUAUAGCCAUGACCUAGGUGUGUUUCCUGAGUUCAAAGAGACAAGGAGCAAGUUCAAAUGUGCAUAGUAUAGAGGGAUGUUUAUUCCAAUAUGGUACCCGCAGAAAUGGACUUACCAUGAAGCCAAUAAAGUUUAAGCUUCAGGGGUCUCUCUUGCUUGGGUGGUGUGCUCACAUGGUCAUAUGCUUUUGUAAAAAAAAAAAGAAUGAAAGAAAGAAAAAUAUGUAAAAGUAAGAUAUUUUUGUAUUUUUUUUCUUAAAAAGGUCUUCUUAAAUUGUAUAAGCUUCCAGCCUCA